AUGGAGCAGAAAGACCCUCUCCGGAGGUGCUCCCGCUUUGGGCGCCGAGCGUGCCCUCUAAGCAGACGACAAGCCCUGGGAGCUGCGGGGAGAAGCAGAAGGGCAAAGCUCGACCGGGAGAUCACAUACCGCUGCUCAUUUAGGUAUUGUUUGACAAAACAGUUUUCUCCUUUGGAGCAAGUGAGAUUCAGAUCCGUUGGACGCGCUCGAGAUCAAAAAGUUGUUGACAAUGCUGGGAGUGCUGCCUUUGACACAAAAACUGGGUUACGUGUGGCAGUGAAGAAGCUCUCCAGACCGUUUCAGUCCAUCAUUCAUGCCAAAAGGACCUACAGAGAACUGCGGUUACUUAAACAUAUGAAACAUGAAAAUGUGAUUGGUCUGUUGGAUGUUUUUACACCUGCAAGGUCUCUGGAGGAAUUCAAUGAUGUGUAUCUGGUGACCCAUCUCAUGGGAGCAGAUCUGAACAACAUUGUGAAAUGUCAAAAGCUUACGGAUGACCAUGUUCAGUUCCUUAUCUACCAGAUUCUCCGAGGUCUCAAGUAUAUACAUUCAGCUGACAUAAUUCACAGGGACCUGAAACCUAGUAAUCUAGCUGUGAAUGAAGACUGUGAGCUGAAGAUCUUGGAUUUUGGACUGGCUCGACAUACAGAUGAUGAAAUGACAGGCUAUGUGGCCACUAGGUGGUACAGGGCUCCUGAGAUCAUGCUGAACUGGAUGCAUUACAACCAGACAGUUGAUAUUUGGUCAGUGGGAUGCAUAAUGGCCGAGCUGUUGACUGGAAGAACGUUGUUUCCUGGUACAGACCAUAUUGAUCAGUUGAAGCUCAUUUUAAGACUCGUUGGAACCCCAGGGGCUGAUCUUUUGAAGAAAAUCUCCUCAGAGUCUGCAAGAAACUACAUUCAGUCUUUGACCCAGAUGCCGAAAAUGAACUUUGCAAAUGUAUUUAUUGGUGCCAAUCCCUUGGCGGUGGACUUGCUGGAGAAGAUGCUUGUACUGGACUCAGACAAGAGAAUCACAGCGGCCCAAGCACUUGCACACGCCUACUUUGCCCAGUACCAUGAUCCUGAUGAUGAACCAGUGGCUGAUCCUUAUGAUCAGUCCUUUGAAAGCAGGGACCUCCUUAUAGAUGAAUGGAAGAGCCUGACCUACGAUGAAGUCAUCAGCUUUGUGCCCCCACCCCUUGACCAAGAAGAGAUGGAAUCCUGAGCACCUGGUUUCUGUUUUGUUGAUCCCACUUCACUGUGAGGGGAAGGCCUUUUCAUGGGAACUCUCCAAAUAUCAUUCAAGUGCCUCUUGUUGCAAAGAUUUCCUCCAUGGUGGAAGGGGUGUGUGUGUGCGUGCGUGUGUGUGUGUGUGUGUGUACGUGUGUGUGCGUGUG